AUGUCAGUAAAACUACCGAUUAAUAAAAAGACAAGAAUGUCAGAUUUAAUAAAUUAUAGAUUAAAAAUUACAACAAUAGAUAAUAGAACAUAUAUUGGUUCAUUAUUAUCAUUUGAUAAAUAUAUGAACCUUGUAUUAUCAGAUUGUGAAGAAUCAAGAAUAACAAAAAAGAGUUGGCAAGAAUUGAAAAAUAAAAGUAAAAAAUCAAAUAAAUCCAUAUUAAAUACUACAACCACCACUAAUAAUACACCAUUAUUCCCCACGGAAAUUCCCAAAAGUAAUAAACCAGAUGUUGUUAAAAGACAAUUAGGUUUAAUUAUAUUAAGAGGUGAACAAAUUGUUAAUUUUAGUAUUGAAACCGGUCCAUUAACAGAUAUUAAAACAAGAGUUGCAAUUGGUAAAAAAGGUAGAAUAAUGAAACAACCAGUUGGUAAAUUAAAAAAAAUAGCAUAG